UGUACUACAAGAAAGGGAAAGGGAACUACAGGAGGAGAGAAGAGAAAAGGAACAAGUUAGAAACAGACUACAGCAACAACUUCAAGGAAGAGAACGACAACUUCAACAAGCACAGCAACAAGGACAAGAAAGAGAGAGGAAAAUUCAACAGGCCAGGGAACGAGAGAGGCAGGCUAGAGAAAGAGAGCAGAAACUUCAGCAACAGUUUCAAGAAAGAGAGAGAGAAUCUGAAGAAAGAGAGCGACAGCUUCAAAGGCAAGUAGAAGGUGGCCAGCAAAAAGAACAGGAUCUUCAACAACAGCUUCAAGAAAGAGAGCAACAGCUUGAGGAAAGAGAGAGAGAGUUCCGAGAAAGAGAGAGAGAGUUCCGAGAAAGAGAGAGACAACUUGAAGAGCAGAUACAUGUGGCAGAGUCUUCCUGGGUAGUGAAUAGAAGAGAGAUUACAAUGACAGAGGUAGUCCUUGGUGAAGGAGGAUGGGGAGAGGUGAAAGUGGCUGAUUUUCGUGGUCUGAAGGUUGCUGCAAAGUCUCUCCAAAAACUUAUCAUCUCUCCGUAUAACAUUGGGACAUUCUCUUGUGAAAUGAAUAUUGCUUCUAAAAUACGUCAUCCUAACCUCCUUCAGUUCAUAGGAGCGACUACAGAGGGUAAUCCAAUGAUCCUGACAGAGCUAAUGCCGACGAGCCUAAGAAAGGAAUUAGAGAGUGGAGGAGUGGCCUAUCCUGCGAUACUGAGCAUCAGUUUAGAUGUAGCCUGUGCUCUCAAUUACCUUCAUCUCUUCAAGCCUCAUCCUAUACUACAUAGAGAUGUCAGCAGUGCUAAUGUACUCCUUCAACCAAUGGGAGGGUAUGGUUAUUGUUGGAAGGCUAAAGUGUCUGAUUACGGCACAGUUAAUCUUCAACCUCUUUCUAGAACAAGCAAUCCUGGUAAUCCUGUCUAUUUAGCUCCAGAAUCGUUCAAUCCAAAUCAACAUUCUCCUGCAAUGGAUGUCUUCAGUUAUGGUGUCCUCCUUAUAGAGAUGGUCGUUUGUGAGUUUCCAGACGUAGGAAAGAGAGUGGCUCAGAUUAAAGCUAUCAAGAGGCCAACAUUGAAGAAUCUGAUUGAACGUUGUCUGAUAGAGAACUACAAAGAUCGUCCAACAAUGUCUGACAUUAUAAAAGAAUUGAAUGAAAGCAUUUAGUGAUGUAGGGAAUUACCGUUUUUAUUUAGAUUAUUUUU